AUGUCGUCUUCGUUUCCGGGUGUCGCGGUCGUUAUUUGGGCUGGGUCAGGAGAUGGGAGGGCCGUGGCUCACUUACUCGUCCAAAGCGGCUGCACGAAGCUCGUCCUCGGUGGUUUAGACGAGGGUCGUCUCGCAGAGGUGGUCAAGGAGUGCCAUGCCCUGACCCAGGGGCACGCGGACCUUCAGAUACUCAGCAGAAAGUGCGACUCGAGAGAACCCCGUGACGUGGACGAGUUGAUCGCCGCUGCGGUCGCCAGGUUCGGCCAGAUCGAUUACUGUGCCAACUGCGAAAGGCCGGAUGGGUUCUACGGCGAGACGACCGAGGCUCCCUGGGCAACUUUCACCACGGCCGGGGAGCGCUGGCAGCGAGGUGUCUGGCUGGCCAUGCGAGCAGAGGUGCGUCAAUUCUUGGCUCAAAAGGCCAACCGACAAUCCAGCGCGGCCAGCAUCGUCAACGUCUCGGCUGCCCACGGCCUGGCCAGCGACCCAGGCUUUCCCAGUUACAGUGCCGCCGCCCACGGCGUCGUCGGGAUGAGCAGGGCCACCGCGCUGGACCAUCUCUCCGACGGCAUCCGCAUCAAUUGCGUCUGUCCCGGCCCUUCUGCCCCUCAGACGCUGCCUGAAAAGACGCCGGAUGGUAACGCCCCACGACGGUCUCUGCCACUCGGUCCCCUGGGCCGGGAGAUAACGCCAGACGAGGUCGCGCGGGCGGUGGUGUUUUUGCUAGGCGAGGCGUCCAGUGCAAUCACCGGGAUAGAGUUGCCGGUCGAUGGCGGGUGGAGUCUUCGACAUCAUUAG